UGAAAUAUGUAGAAUUUGAGAACAUACUUGCUGAAAUUACGACGCGAGUGGAAUGGACACCGUCAUAUCAAUAAUUUAAUAAAACUUUUGAUAUUUUACAAUGUUAUGUUUAAAAUUAAGUGCCUAAAUGUUUUGAGAAUAGUUUUAUAGUGUUAGUGCUUUAUAUUAAAUGCUUUAGAGAUGUCGAAGAACAAAAUAGCGGCUCGUGUUGACAGUCAAACUGUGGAAGUCAAAACUAAAUUUGAUGCAGAAUUCAGAAGAUUCUCGCUCAAUCGUACUGAGAAGCUCAAGUAUGAAGACUUCAAGGCUUUGAUAGAGAAGCUGCACAGGCUCCAUGAUGUAGCCUUCCUCAUAUCUUACACGGAUCCUAGAGAUGGAGACCUGUUGCCCAUCAAUAAUGAUGAUAAUCUGGCUAGAGCGCUGCUUACUGCCCGACCGCUGCUCAGGGUCAUUAUACAGAGGAAAGGGGACAGUUUGGAAGAACUGAACGGGUAUGGGACGAUGCGACCAAGGAAUAUCAUCUCCUCGAUACUGAGCGGCACACCGGCUAAGAACAAGGGCCUCGCUAUAUCCAACCCACACGAUUUUAGAAUGGUAUCAGCAAUUAUCGACGUAGACAUAGUACCCGAGACGUGCAGGCGAGUCAAACUCCUCAAGCAUGGUUCGGAUCGACCGCUAGGAUUCUUUAUCAGGGACGGAACAUCAGUCCGGGUGACUCCAAACGGGGUGGAGCGGUCCCCGGGUAUCUUCAUAUCCCGCCUGGUGCCUGGCGGACUUGCGGAGUCCACCGGACUAUUGGGGGUCAACGAUGAGGUGCUGGAGGUCAACGGCAUUGACGUGUCGAAUAAGACGCUAGAUCAAGUGACGGACAUGAUGGUAGCGAACUCCUCGAACCUGAUCAUAACGGUCCGGCCCGCCAACCAGCGCGCCGGCCCGCCGCCGCCCGCUGAGACAAUCUCACGACACUCACAACCUUCCAGCGAACCUGAUGAGGACAGAUUCGAUCAAGACGAACAAGACGAGAUAGUGGACCUAACAGCCGUCACACUAGAGGAGUCCGACCCCGCCCCGUUCGUCACGUCCAAAGACGACGGACAAGUGCUACACCUCUAGUACAUACUAGAGCGGUACCGCCUCGCGAAGGAACGAUACAGUUGAUACAGUGUAUAUUAUGGUGCGAAAUUUUUAUAGUGAGAGUGUGGUCAAGUGAUGUAGUGAGACGGUGGCAAAAAGUGGCUAAUGUUGUGAGUUGGUGGUAAAAAGUGGCUAAUGAUGGGAGUUUGUGGCAAGUAUUUUUUUGCAUUGAUGAUAGAGUUGGUUUUUGUUGAGUCGGAUUGUCGAUUGAUAGUGCAGUACCGCUGUUGAAUUUAAUCGAUACAUAAAAUAAAUUUUCAAUUGUAGAUUAAAUGUUUUAAAAUUAAAUACGUAAUAGUUAAGUGACGUUGCUGAAUAAUAAUAAAAAUAUAACAAAUAUUCGCUACAAUUAGCAUUAAUAAAUAGUAAAAAAUUAAACUACUUAGAAAACACUGCAUAUUAAUCGAUGAAUACAAAUAAUAAAUACAUUCUCUCGCCACAUCACAAAGACCACAUAUUUAAAAGCUCGAACUCUUAGUAUAUACUAAACAUUCCAUUAUAUGCCUUAUAUAUACUGCAAUAAGUGUCAAAAUAGCUAAAUUAGCGUCACAAUAGUUUAGGAUGCAAUAUUUAGGGACAAAUUGACAUACAAGUAUAUGGUUUAUGCAAGAAAUAUGUUAUUAUACUAACUAGCAGUUAUCCCGCGUGGUUUCGUACUUGGCUUCUAUUGACCAUAGCAUGAUGUUUGAUAUCCUAUAGCCUGCCUCGAUAAAUGCACUAUUCAACACAAAAAUAAUUACUUAAAUCGAACGAGUACUUUCGGAGAUAAACGCGUUCAAACAAACUGACUUGAAUUGGGAUGAUGACGGCGUACGAAAAUUAAAAAUGGAAUUAGUCCGUCAGU